CAUUAAGAAUUUUCUUAAGUGUUCUAAUGAUAUGAACCAUUUGGAUAAACAUCUAAUACGAUACUGAACCUUUACAUUCCACUUAGACUUUCAUCAUGCCUACUCUCCUUUGGAGUCUUAAUAACUGUUUUCUCUUUCAGCUUUUAGGGAAAGAAAACAUAACCUCUCUUAAUGUUUAAUGAAUAUUUAUGAAGUCCUUUGACAAUUAAGGGCUCAUUAAAAUUCACUUCAAAAGAAAAGAGAUUCAAAACACUUGGAAGCCCCGAGCAGAAAGUGGUGGCAAGUAGAAACUCACAUCUCUCCUUCCUUCUUAUAAUCAAAGGGAGUACUGAGAAAAACAGCUGAGCUGUAUUAGGCAACCACCGUCUGGACUGCAUUUCUUAACUGGUGAAUAACACAUCACAGGUGCAGGAUUAGCGUUGCCUACGGUGCUGUGCUUUUUAGUGGACACCCCUAGCAAUUCCGUGUGUCCUCCUCAUGUCUCGUCCCAAGGAACCUGGCAACGAUCUAUCAAGCGUACAGAAAUCAAAAAUGUCUGUUCAAAGUAGUUUUACACUUCAAGCUGUCUUGGGAGUGCUUUGCAAAGCUGCGGAGUAAGUUUUGGUGUGGCGGCUAGUUGAACAUCCGCUUUGAUUAGCUUUAGAACUCUGUGAAGCAGAGCAUGGAUAGAAAGUCACCGAAUAAACCAUAGCUCCUGGCUUGGCAGUCUGCCAUGUCCUGGUUGAUUCUUUGACAUUAUUGUCAAAGAGGCUGUGGUUCAGUUUCUCUUCCAACAAAGAAAAGAACAGACAUAUUAAGUAUUUUAAAAUGCAGAGAUUUUUUUAACUUUUAAAAUCAUCCUAUUAGCUGUGAUUAUGCUAUUUUAUGGAUAUAGAUUCAGGUUGAUGUUAAACUAUCUUUAAACAUGGUGGUUACUUGCUUGUAAAGUUUAUUAUUUCUUAUGUUGAUACUUUUAUUAGGAUACUUGUUAUCAUGUCAUGUUUUAGAGUAUUUUCAAAGAUUUUUAAUUUAUAUGAACAUUUUGGUUGCGUUUCUUCAAAUUCGAAAGCAUAUUAAAACCUGUGGGAAAGCUAGCUACUGUUUCACCUUUAAAGAGUAUAAAUGUGAUGUCCAAAGAACUAUGAAUCGUGUUAUAAUCAAUUAUGAUGCUUACUCAGGCUCAUAAGUCUGUACUAGUUACCUGCAAAACAAAUAUGAAUAUAUAUGUUGUAUGUUCACAUUUAUGUAAUAUUUCACCUUUUUAUGAUUUGUUCAACUCAUAAUCUAGCAUCCCAGAAUAUAAAACACUUGAAUUAUUGAAGCUUUCACUUUUUCUCCAGAUGUUUUGGGGUCUCUGGGCAGAACUUUUAUGAGAUAAAAUGUUGAAAACAUGAUUGUCAUACAGAAACUGAGUGAUAUGGUAACGUGGAUGUGUAAGUAUGGUAAAAAGAGAAACAAUUGCUGGCAAAUGGAAACAUGUAAAAUAUUUUAUUAUAAAAGCUCUGGUUUCUAUAGAGAUCCAGCAAAUCUUUAACAUUGUAAAACUAAUGUGUUUUUCAUACCCUAUUCAGUGGUGUCAACAAUGAACCACUGAAAUGAAAAACUGUCAGUAUCCCUGUUUUCCAUAAAAUUGAUUGGUUCAUUACCGUCACCCCUAGUAAUCUUCCCUCCUGUGCCCCUACCUAGGACUUACUUACCUUUGACAAUUAUAUGUGGCAUUAUGACUUCUAUUUUAUUAUUUUCAUAUACUGUUUUUGGUUUUCCACAUGCAGUUGAUUUGUCUCACCAGCAAGAUUGUUACAUUACUGAAAGUACUUCAAGCGCUCUGGGCCAUUGUGUUACGUAGAUGGAAUGGAUUUAAUGAUUAUUUGCUAAAUAAAUGAAUAAUGAAUAACAAUGUAUUAUUCAGCUGUGAACAAAGUGUCAGUGUUUCGUGAACCAAAAAGCUCAAUAUUUUUAUAGACUUUCUGUGCACAGUGAUGAACCCAGAAAGGCAAAGUUAAUGGAAGUAACAUGAAGCAAAAGAAAGGGGAAUUGAAGAGGAAGAGAGAAUCAGGAUGAGAGAAAGAGGAUGGGGAAAGAAGAAAAGGAAGAGAAGUAGAAACAUUUAGGAGAUAAAGGAGUAGAGAAAAGGAACAAAAACAAGUGAGGGAGAGAAAGAGAAAAAUCUGAAGAAUGAAAACAAAAAAAUUCAAUAGUAAACUUCAGCAGCCCAGAAAACAACAGUUUACUGGUUUUCACUCUUAGUAUGUGCGAGGAACUGUGAUAGGUGCUUUACUUGGAGUCUCUCAUCCAGUUCUCCUAGCAAGCCAAGGUGUGCUGCCACUUUCCACAUCCUCUGUUAGCGAGCAAACUUCCUUGAUAACAUGCUUUUGCGAAGUUCAGGAAAAUUGAACGUGGGCACCAAGAAAGAGGAUGGUGAGAGUACAGCCCUCACCCCUCGCCCAAAGAUCUUGCGAUGUAAAUGCCACCACCAUUGUCCAGAAGACUCAGUCAACAAUAUUUGCAGCACAGAUGGAUAUUGUUUCACAAUGAUAGAAGAAGAUGAUUCUGGGAUGCCUGUGGUCACUUCUGGAUGUCUAGGACUAGAAGGCUCAGAUUUUCAGUGUCGGGACACUCCCAUUCCUCAUCAAAGAAGAUCAAUUGAAUGCUGCACAGAACGGAAUGAAUGUAAUAAAGAUCUACACCCUACACUGCCUCCACUAAAAAACAGAGAUUUUGUUGAUGGACCUGUACACCACAAGGCCUUACUUAUAUCUGUGACUGUCUGUAGUUUGCUGUUGGUCCUUAUCAUUUUAUUCUGUUACUUCAGGUAUAAAAGACAAGAGACCAGGCCUCGGUACAGCAUUGGAUUAGAACAGGAUGAAACGUACAUCCCUCCUGGAGAAUCCCUGAGAGACUUAAUUGAGUCUCAGAGCUCAGGAAGCGGCUCAGGCCUCCCUCUGCUGGUCCAGAGGACGAUAGCUAAGCAGAUUCAGAUGGUGAAACAGAUUGGAAAAGGGCGCUAUGGGGAAGUUUGGAUGGGAAAGUGGCGUGGCGAAAAGGUAGCUGUGAAAGUGUUCUUCACCACAGAGGAAGCCAGCUGGUUCCGAGAGACAGAAAUAUAUCAGACAGUGCUGAUGAGGCAUGAAAACAUUUUGGGGUUCAUUGCUGCAGAUAUCAAAGGGACGGGGUCAUGGACCCAGCUGUACCUAAUCACAGAUUAUCAUGAAAAUGGUUCCCUCUAUGAUUACCUGAAGUCCACCACCCUAGAUACUAAAUCGAUGCUGAAGUUAGCCUAUUCUUCUGUCAGUGGGCUGUGUCACUUACACACUGAAAUCUUUAGUACUCAAGGCAAACCAGCAAUUGCCCAUCGGGAUCUGAAAAGUAAGAACAUCCUGGUGAAGAAAAAUGGAACUUGCUGUAUAGCCGAUCUGGGCUUGGCUGUUAAAUUUAUUAGUGAUACGAAUGAAGUUGACAUACCACCCAACACUCGAGUUGGCACCAAACGCUAUAUGCCUCCAGAAGUGUUGGAUGAGAGCUUGAAUAGAAAUCACUUUCAGUCUUACAUCAUGGCAGACAUGUACAGUUUUGGACUCAUCCUUUGGGAGGUUGCUAGGAGAUGUGUAUCAGGAGGGAGGCAAAGCACACAAAUUCUAUUCUCUAACACUUUCCUUUAUGAAGAUAUUGCAAGUCUGGGGGCUCAUCUUUCUAGUCCAGGUAUAGUGGAAGAAUAUCAGCUUCCCUAUCAUGAUCUAGUGCCCAGCGACCCCUCUUAUGAGGACAUGAGAGAGAUCGUGUGUAUCAAGAAGCUGCGUCCCUCCUUCCCCAACCGGUGGAGCAGUGAUGAGUGUCUAAGGCAGAUGGGGAAACUCAUGACAGAGUGUUGGGCUCACAAUCCUGCUUCAAGACUGACAGCCCUGCGGGUUAAGAAAACACUUGCCAAAAUGUCAGAGUCCCAGGACAUUAAACUCUGAAUUGAGGGCAAAAAUAAGCAUCUCUGGAGAAAGCCAGUAGAUACUCUUCUGUUUGUGGGCAGAGCAAAAGAUGUUCCAGAAGCAUCCACAGUACAAGCCGUGAACAUCGUCCUGCUUCCCAUCGGUGAAGUUGGAGAACAGAAUGGAACUCAUCUUCAGAGCCCCUGCGCCCCGCACCUCUUCAGACCACUCGGGCCAGGCCUGCACCGGGGCGGCCGCAGCAAUGUGAAUGCACCCGGGUACAAGCACCACCUGUCUGGGACCACGUUUGGGGAUUCCUACAGGAGGCAUGGUCAUCUGUUGAGAGUGAGAGGAAAGGUAGAAAAGUUGGUGACAAGGUCUAAAAUUGCGUCGUAGGAUAUCACAGCCGGGUGGCUGCAGGCAACGCCGAGGGCCCUGUUAAGAUGGAUGGUGCUAACUGUGGCUUAGUGGCCAAGGUGUGGCCCCCGGACCACCGUACAGCCCGCACGUGAACCCGGGCUCCCUCAUUCUCUCCGCUCUGUGACACUAGGCAUGUUGUGCCCUCUCGAAGACUCAGUUUCUUCCCCUUGAAGGUGGGAAUAACAUUAAUCUCUACUGCAUGGAGUGGUUCUGAAGAUGAAAGGAAAUAAUCCAUGCACCAAGCAUGAGCAGCCCAAUGUAGGCAUGGAGACUGCGGCCACUGGAUUCGUUCAGGGUUGUCAGGCAUAUGCAGCAAUGAGUCAUGGAAACUCAGAAUGAUCAUCGUCAAGGUGAUGGCUGAUGUGGUCCAGAGGAAGGAGGCGGAUUAGAGAGGAGGCAGCUGAUAGGCCCAAAGAAACAAGGAUAAAUGCAGGCAAAUUUACAAACCGAGGGACUGCAGGAAAAUGGGGAGAGGCAGCCAGGGAGAGAGGAGAGACGCAGCCAGAGCCGGCAUCCCUCGCUUCCAGCGCAUGGGCAACACGGACAGGACCCCAGAGAGCAAGCCUCCGCAGAGAUUUUCUAGAAAAGGAAUUGCAUAGAAGAUACAGCAAGAGGGAACUCCACGACAACAAAAGAAGUGUUCCGUGUCCGAAAAGCCAAAGUUGUGUCAUGUUUAAGAAAAGAAAGACAACAAAGCACAAAACCUUAAUGUGACAUUUCUGCAGUUGAACUGUCCCCCAGGGAGUAGCAGGUGACCGACACGGCACUUCACUGCAGACUGCUGGGGAGUUUUCUCUGACAAACGCUGGUUGUCUUCUUUAGAAAGAGCGACGAGGAAGGUCACCAACUUGCGACAGCUGGUAGGCCAAGACCCUCCUGACAUUCUGCAGGGACACCGGAAGAUCUCCGGACAGUUCUCUGCAAUACGCGAAAGUCUAUAAUUGGCUUUGAGCAAUGGCAUCCUGACUCACAAAAGCUCGCCUGUUCUCAGAGAAGAUGGAUAAAAACCAACUUCACUUUGGCUGUUUUCCACAGCCAUCCUUGCUUUCAUCGGCCGUGGACCUGGACUGAGGACCGAGGCCUCCGUGCGAGACUGAUACCUUGACCAGAGCAACUGCUCAGCGAGAGCCAACGCUCCCAUUCGACCUGCAGACUGAGAAUUCGACAACUAAACUUUUUCUACCUCCUGUACACUCUCUUGCAGGUAUAAGAUUUCUAAUUCUUCACUUCCAUAGAUGACAGCCCCCCAAACCAGUAAUGACAGAGGACCCACGAGAGGCGUGUGGGGCUGUGUGACCACAAUGCCGAGUGAGCCCGAAUCGGAACGCUUGAAGAACGCUUCUCGUGAGGAGACUCAGAGGACCCAGCCCCUGCCCGAGCAGGCUCAGAGGCCAGACUGACAAAGCCACCCCAGCCUGGGUCAAUACUGCCCUUCUGCUGCUAACGACGCUACUGUUUCGUGUCUUCCCAUUUCCUCCAAGACGGCUGCCAGCACGCU